GCUUGCUCCAGCUUCUCACUGCUGCUGCUUCCCUUCUUCGUUCUAUACCAUGUGGAGCUCCCCAUCAGCAGGCUUGGCGCUGGAUCCAGGACUGUAAAUGGACUGUUAUUGAAGCACAAAGAGCCUUAAAAAGGUGGAUAGAGGCAGAAGAAUGUGGCUCAAAAGUCAGAUCUUGCUCUUAUAUUGCAUUGCAAGUGAAGUUUGGAUGGCAGAGCGGCUUGACGCUAGAAGAAAUUUGACCGAGGAACUUUAUUCUCUUGAAGACAGUGGUUCUGCAAAGUGGAACAGGCUGAAAAGGAGUCUGUAUCAGGGCAAGUCGUGCAGGAUACGAGGCUGCUGCACAGGAAGGAAUGAUGACUGCAGCUUUAACAUUGCCUCCAGAGCAGCUAUAUGUUACUGUGACCAGUUCUGUGCCUCAGGUCCCCCUGGCCCCAUAGACUGUUGUGCUGACUACUGGGAUGUCUGUGAAAACACCGUUGAGCCCACCAGGUCUGAUGAGCCUUGGCCACCUCCAGCAUCAGGUUGUUAUAAAGAUGGCCGAUAUUAUGGAGAAGGAACAAUAAUUAAAGACAACUGCAAUUCCUGCAAAUGCGUCCAAAGUAACUGGAAGUGUUCAAAUGAAGUAUGUCUUGUUCGCCCAGACUUGAUUCACCACAUCAAUUCUGGAGAUUACGGAUGGAAAGCUGACAACUAUACUCAGUUCUGGGGCAUGACACUGGAAGAAGGUUUCAGAAAGCGCUUGGGCACAUUACCUCCGUCUCAUUUCUUGCUGAACAUGAAAGCAAUUCCAGGGAGCUCACUGCCAGAAGAAAAAUUUCCUGAGUUUUUUGCAGCCACCUACGCAUGGCCUGACUGGAUUCAUGAUCCUUUGGACCAGCGAAACUGUGGAGCAUCCUGGGCAUUUUCAACUGCAAGUGUUGCAGCAGAUAGAAUAACAAUUCAUUCUGAUGGUCAAAUCACAGACAACCUUUCUGUUCAGAACUUGAUCUCUUGUGAUACCAGGAAUCAACAUGGAUGUAAUGGUGGCAGUAUUGAUGGUGCUUGGAGAUAUUUGGAAACGCAUGGGGUCGUAUCCUAUGCCUGCUAUCCAUCAUUUUGGAAGCAUCACCUGGAUUCACCAAGUGAAAAUCACUGUUAUGUGUCCAGUGAAUAUGGAAAAAACCACACAAAUGGGCCUUGUCCCAAUGCUUUGGAAGAUUCCAAUCGGUUAUAUCGCUGCGGCUCUCACUACAGGGUCUCCUCAAAAGAAACUGAUAUAAUGGAAGAAAUCAUGGCCAAAGGACCUGUGCAAGCUGUAAUGAAAGUGUAUGAAGAUUUUUUCCUUUACAAAGAAGGAAUCUAUAGACACUCCUACGAAGCAGGAUCCAAAUGGAAAACUCACUCAGUGAAACUCCUUGGGUGGGGAUCAUUACCUGGCAAAAAUGGUCAAAAACAGAAGUUCUGGAUUGCUGCAAAUUCAUGGGGAAAAUACUGGGGAGAAAAUGGCUAUUUUAGGAUUCUACGUGGACAAAAUGAAUGUGAUAUUGAGAAGCUGAUUUUAACUACUCUGGGAUAGCCACUGCCUUUUACCUAAAGUAUUUUACUGUAUGCUGCUUUGUGUAUCUAUUCUUCCAUUCUUGUACGUCAAGUCUUACUAAGAAAUAAAAAUUUCUUCUCUGUGUGUUA